AUGGAGUAUGCAAGUGGUGGAGAACUCUACGAUUAUGUAAGCAAAUACGGAUCUCUUCCUGAGCCAGAGGCUCGCAGAAUUUUUCGGCAAAUCACUUCAGCAGUUUUGUACUGCCACAAGCACAAAGUGGCGCAUAGAGAUCUAAAGCUGGAGAAUAUUCUUUUGGACACCGAUAACAAUGCUAAAAUUGCUGAUUUUGGACUUUCCAACUAUUUUUCUGAUGUCACUUUGCUGAGCACAUUUUGUGGCAGUCCGCUCUACGCUUCUCCAGAAAUCAUCAAUGGAAUUCCGUACAGAGGCCCAGAGGUGCAUGAACAUAAACUGCUAAAUCGUAUCUCUCAGGUCGACUGCUGGAGUUUGGGGAUUCUUCUCUAUACACUUGUUUACGGGUCUAUGCCAUUUGAUGGCCGUGAUUUUAACCGAAUGGUCCGACAAAUUAAGCGCGGCGCAUAUUUCGAGCCUGACACUCCAUCAACGGCCUCAAUGUUGAUUAGGAAUAUGCUGCGAGUUAAUCCAGAAAAACGAGCGGACAUCGAUGAAAUUGCCAGCCAUUGGUGGCUUAAUUUAGAUGAAAAUAUGCCAGUUAUCCAGGAGCUCCCUGAAAAUCAGAUUGUCGAUCACACUCCUCUGACCGAACGAGCCGAGACAAUGGUAGUGCAGGACCUUGCCGAUGAAUCAGAUGUAUUUAUGGACUUUGGACACUUGAGUGCCUCCACCAGGUUAAAAAUUGAGGAAUUCCGCAGAAGACGUAAGGAAGCUGAAGAAUACCUUGAAAGCUCACCAGUCAAACCGCCAAAGGCAAGGAGGACGGAUGGUAGCGAAGUGCCUGCACUAACCGCUGCGGAAAAGAGUUUACGCUACGACCCUCGUUCUCAUAAGGAGGAACGAGAGCGAAUGCCGACUGACGAAUCUGGCACAUAUUAUGAGCCAUUAGAAAGACUGAAACGACUCGAAUCACGACUGCAGAAUGUCAGAAAGGAUAACCGUCCGACUGAGGAAAAGCUCCCAAAUCUAAUUAGCACGGCAGCAACUGAUAGAGAGAUCUAUCGUUUCAAGCCGUCGCACAUAGGAAACGGCACCAAAGCGAAAGACAGGAGUGAACGAGGAAGUCCUGAACAACCCGAUGAUCCAGUCACUUCGAAUUCCAAAAUCAGCGAAAGAUCCAAGGAAAGCGCCAAAAACACCAGGAGACCGUCAUUUGUACCGCUGCACAGCGAGCAUCCGUAUGCAGAAAGUAAAAUUAGAAGAUCCACAGAAACAUGGCGAAUGGAAAGUGACUCACUGAACGUGCUUAUGAAUCAGGUCCUGGAACAAAUGGAGAAAGGGCCCGUAAGCAUGACGUUGGUCGCUCGUAUCAGAGCGCACCCACUUUAUGAUUCGCGGCCAAUGGUCAAAGAGCUUUUGGAGUCAAUCCUCGCAGCACAACCACCAUCCGUUCAGAAACAAGCCUCUGUGUUGAUUCAGCAGCAAUCACAGGAACUAAUCAAGCGACAAGCAGCUGGGUCAGUAGCAGCGGCGACUGCAACAAAACGAAGUAGUAAGGCAUCUGAAGUGGCGCCGACAGCUGCUGAAACGCAGCAACUCAUCAGUUUAGCGCAACGCAAUAAGCCGAGCAAAAAUUUCGAAGAAAGACCAUGGCACAGUGUAGAGGUUGGCUUUGAUCCGGAUGAAGAUGUGGCUCACGUGGAAACAGCUGCACAACAGUUCUCUCAGAAUGACGACAUCACUGAAGAAAGUGUUCAGGAUACCUCUUUCGAAGACGUUAGUGAAGAAGAAAUUGUGCUGUAUGGUGAGAACAGGUGCGGUCCAGCGAAAUCGAAGCUUGCAAAUCGUAGCGAUACACUAGCAGAUGCUGAAGAAUGCGAUGAAGAGGUUGAAGAAAGUGAUAGUGAGAUCGACGAACUGGGAAAAGAGGUUGAGCAGAUUGAGAACGAUGCAAAUGGCUCGUGCAAAAGCGCAUUAUCAUCGGUCGAAGAAAUAGCGGGAGAUAGGAACGAGAACAUACCGCCACCGGAUCCGCAUACGAAGCUCGUUGCACCACAGUUCGUGGACGCAUUUGAUCGAGGAUUAGCAAAAAGACAGAGCAGAGGAAAGUACCAGGUUUGCGUCUUCAGCCAAACACUUUCAGAGUUUUAG